UUUGGACGUAGCGCGAUUAUCCGAGACAGCCUGGUUGUUGACAAAUUUCUACAAUCAAUCUUCAAAUAGGCAUAGAUAAUGUAGGUACAUAUGAAUGUACUUAGGUACCUAGACUCGCAACAAGGCAGCCCUACCUUUUGAAAUACCUAUGUAGGAGUAGAACACCUAGCCUCGCUAGUAGUACUAAAAAAGGCACGAUACAGCCUUCAAACACCAUCGUGAAUCUGUCUCGGUCUAUCUGAGUCAGCCUCAUUAAAAGGUAUAUCACAGAUUGGCGGCCUGAGAAAUUGCUUCUUCGCAAGAACAGCUUGUAAUCACGAUGAGAUCAAGGUGUCCUUUGAGAUGGUCCUACGUAAAGAUAACUUCAUUAGGUAUAAUAAUAGAAUGAACGGAAGGGCUACAUUAGAAGCGUUAGGCUUCCUAAGAAUAUUUGUAGGGUGAAGAGGGACAAUAUCUUAGGCCAUGCAACAUGACCCUUCGAAGGAUAUCGUUAUUAUUGGCAUUAGCAAAAGCUUACAAUACUCUAGCCCAGGUCUUCGCCAAUGGCCCCUUUCAGUUACAUGUUGGCAGUGUCGCCAACACUUCUAUCGACGGCCAUGCAUAUCCGUGCCUAGAUACACUAGGCCUCUGUUACGAGCAAGGGGUCAUGACACUACCCUCAAAGGGUGCCGGAGUUUACUUCACGUCGCGCGCCCAGGCCGACUACACGACAGGGUAUCUCUCGUGGCAUUGGGCGGACAAUGGCGCAGUCGGCAAAAAUGGGAUCGCAAUGUACGGUCCUGUGGGUCUGGUAUAUGAUCCCGGGACUAACGUCGCGGUUCCGAUCUUUAACCAGACCGGAAGCGCCGAGGUACUCGGCUUCGAUUCUACCAGCGGUAAUUUGAUGAUGACUGGUAUCGACGACACUACGAUGAGCAACAGUAGUAAUAGUGGAAAUAGUAUCACACUGAGCCAGCCGUAUCGAUAUUAUAAUAAUUGGUACUUGUGCAAUGUCCAGUUGGAGGAGGGCCUCGCGCCUGAGUUACUGAUAUCGUGGGUCUUGGGCGCCAAUCUCGGGCGGCUGCCGACGAAUCCUACCUGUCAGCGCAUCAACAUCACCAUUGAGGCGAUUGCUAUGGGAUAUGGAGGUACUAGCAGUAGUUAGAUGAGUGAGGUUGAAGCUGAAUGGACUGGAUGAUAGGUUGCCCUAGUGAGACGUUCCUAG